AUGCAGUUCAAAGCCCUCCUCGCCCUUCUCCCCCUGGUUGCGACCACCGCUCUCGGCUUCGUUGUCCCUGAGGGCACCCCAAAUGGCUUUUACGAAGUCACCGUUGGGGAUGACGGCAACACAACCACGGUCGAGAUUGAUCCCUCGACCCACGCAGUCAUUGGAGAGCCCCUAGAGAACCGUAGCCUGCCUCGCCGCAGCGCGAAGCUCAGAAGACAGGUGAACUCGUGGGGUGCAACGGGGAGAACUUUCCCAAACCAAGCCGACUACAAUGCAUGCACCCAAGGAUGGAAGAACUUCUUCAACGCUGGAAGUCAUGUUCCGUCCAGAACACAGUACUUCGCCGUGUCGGGCCAGGCUGUACUUGCGGGCUGCAACUACAAGUAUGCUGAGGUCAAUCACGGUGCAUCCCUUGUCGACUCCUUCAACGGGUUCAUGGACGGCAACGCCGGAUGGUGGAGGACGGGCUGGGUGCAUUUCUUUUAUCAUUCCGGCACCCUGUUCCCGACCAUCGACUUCACCUUCUGGCGCGAUCUCAGUGGCACCAACUUCUGCGACAACCUUACCUAA